GAGAUUCCGACGUCGUUGGGUGCCUCGUAAAUCGAAGCAACACUCCUCCACAUGCUUCACUCUCCCCUCCAUCUUUUCCGACAUUCUCUUCCUACUCACCUCUCUUGUUCAGAUCGCGAAGCUUCUGGAUUCCCUUUGCUUUCCAAGUUCAUUACUUCCAUUUCGUUCUACACAACCACAUCCAUCAAUCUUCUGCAAUCGUUCUGGUCUCCUACGUUUGUCCUAUAAGAAAUGGGCGGAUUCGCUUGGUCCACAUCAGCCUUCGAUUCAAAGUCUGGGCAGGUCAUACUGUUGGUUCUUCUAGUAAUGACUGCAUCUUUCUAUACCGGAACGUUUUUUGGUCGCAAUUCUUCGUCAACACCAUCAUCAUCGUCAGAAUUAAUAGGUAGUCCUAUAUUUAGUAACAAAGUCACUCUUACUCAUCAUAAAUCACCACUUAAAAUUCCAGAAACUGGGAUGAACAUAUGCCCCAUGGAAUUUAAUGAGCAUAUUCCUUGCCAUGAUCCUUCCUACAUAAAAGAAUUAAUGCCAAAUUUAGAUCUUUCCAAGCGAGAAGAUCUGGAGAGGCAUUGCCCCCCACUAGAAAGACGCUUAUUUUGCUUGAUACCUCCACCACAAGAUUACAAGAUGCCAGUGAGAUGGCCAACUAGUCGGGACUAUGUGUGGCGGAGCAAUGUGAAUCAUACACGUCUUUCUGAAGUAAAAGGUGGGCAAAAUUGGGUGCAUGAAAAGGAUCAACUGUGGUGGUUUCCAGGGGGUGGUACCCAUUUUAAACAUGGAGCUAGUGAAUACAUUCAGAGGUUAGGCAAUAUGACUACCGACGAGACCGGUGAUCUUCGUUCCGCUGGGGUAUAUCAAGUUCUUGAUGUUGGGUGCGGAGUUGCCAGCUUCUCUGCAUAUCUUCUUCCUUUAAAUGUACAGACCAUGUCAUUUGCUCCCAAAGAUGGUCAUGAAAAUCAAAUCCAGUUUGCUCUGGAACGUGGAAUUGCUGCUAUGAUAUCAGCUUUAAGUACAAAACAGCUGCCUUAUCCCAGCCGCUCCUUUGAAAUGGUUCACUGUUCAAGAUGUCGUGUUGAUUGGCAUGAGAAUGAUGGCAUUCUACUAAAAGAAAUAAACCGACUUCUUCGGCCAAAUGGGUAUUUUGUAUAUUCAGCUCCUCCAGCUUAUAGAAAGGACAAGGAUUAUCCUAUUAUCUGGGAUAAGUUGGUGAACAUUACUUCUGGAAUGUGCUGGAAGCUUAUUGCUAGGAAAAUUCAGACAGCAAUAUGGAUGAAGGAAGCUGAUCAGGCUUGCCUUCAGCACAAUGCAGAGCAGAACCUUGUAAAUAUAUGUGAUUCUGUAGAUGAUCAUAAGCCCUCAUGGAAAACACCAUUGAGGAACUGUGUUGCACUAGGCACCACAGGUUCUGAAAAACUCCCUCCUAUACCACAUCGUCUUUCAGUGUAUUCAGAAAGUCUUAACGAUAUCGGUAUCACACAAGAGAAGUUUCUUGCAGAUACCCUUUAUUGGCAAGAUCAAGUUCGUCAUUAUUGGAGGCUGAUGAAUGUUGAUGAUACAUCAGUUAGAAAUAUUAUGGACAUGAAUGCUCUUUACGGUGGAUUUGCGGUUGCCUUUAGUACUUGGCCCGUGUGGGUAAUGAAUGUAGUUCCCGCAACAAUGAACAAUACCUUGUCAGCUAUUUAUGAACGGGGUCUGAUAGGUGCUUUUCAUGACUGGUGUGAGCCAUUCUCAUCCUAUCCACGCACGUAUGAUUUGCUGCAUGCAAGUUAUCUCUUCUCUCACUAUGGAAACCAUCAAGAUGGUUGCUCAUUGGAAGAUAUCAUGCUAGAGAUGGACCGUCUUAUACGACCUCAGGGAUUUGUUAUUAUUAGAGAUGAUGAAUCCAUUAUAUCAAGAAUAAGAGAGAUUGCUCCAAAGUUCCUAUGGGAGGUUAAAUCAUAUGUACUGGAAAAUCAACAACAGCAAUCAGAACCAUUACUAAUUUGCCAAAAGAAGUUCUGGGCAAUCGCUUAAUCAAGAUUCACAGUGCAUACAGGUUCGAAUUCUUAAACACGUCGUUCAGAGUUUUUGUAUACCGUGGCUGUAUGUAUAUCUGCCUUACCCAUCCCCAGCAUUUGCUAGUGUUAUGCUCAAAUUGUUAAAUGAAGAUAGAUAUUAGUCUCUGUAAUGUAAAACUGCAGUUAUUGUUAGUUGUAAAUACUCCCUCCAUACCAAAAUAUAUCAUGGUUAGAAAUAUGUAAUUAUUACACUUUUUAACGAACUAAAUGACAUUUUGGUCAUUUCAUUAGCAAUGGAGACAUAAAAAUAGGAGUUCGAUA